UAGGCGUGUUUGCAUAACCCUUCCCACUCCUGCACUUCUUUAGGCACUUUCAUCAGUUCGUUUUCAGACAGCUGCUUUUUAGAGUAAUUUCGUAUCGCGUGAAGCUCCACAACACAAAAACGAUGAAGUCCCUCUAGUUUUUUACGCACAAAUGUUUUUGCUCCAAGGCAACUAAUUGCAAUACCCUGAGAAUCUCUCGCUCUGGUGUGUAACGUGAUGCAGUAGUUUCCGUAAAUGGUCUUUACUCGAUGGCGACAGUUCGGUGGUACUGAGCCGCAUGAGGUGCAGCUCGUGCUCCUCAGCAGGAACAUUUCACUUAACAAGCCACUUGACAGGCAUAUAUUUGAGUAGGUUUUACUUUUUCUUCAGUGGCGGGACGGUAAACAUCAUUUCCAUGCGCCUGACUUCAUUCGAGGAUACUGCAUUUUCUACAGAAGAAUGACUUCAGUGUGGAAAAGAUUACAAAGAGUUGGCAAAAAGGCCACCAAAUUUCAGUUCGUGGCUUCGUAUCAAGAACUUGUUCUGGAAUGUACAAAGAAAUGGCAACCAGACAAACUGAGAGUGGUGUGGACGAGGAGGAACAGGCGCAUUUGCUCCAAGCUUCAUGCAUGGCAGCCAGGCAUCAAAAAUCCCUACAGGGGGAUGGUAGUGUGGCCUGUACCUGAGAAUGUGGACAUUACCGUCACACUCUACAGGGACGCACAUGCAGAUGAGUUUGAAGACAAAGAAUGGACAUUUUUCAUUGAGAAUGAGACAGCUAAGGGCAGUCGGAAAGUUCUGGCAUCUGUGGACUUGAACAUGAAGAAGUUUGCCAGUGCCACACACUCGCAGACGGACCUCAUGCUCAAAAUGAAGCCUUUGUCAGUUAAGGUGGUGGAGGCCACGCUGAAGCUCUCCUUAUCCUGUGUGUUCCUCAAGGAGGGGAAAGCUACGGACGAGGACAUGCAGAGUCUCGCCAGUCUGAUGAGUGUAAAACCAACAGACAUCGGGAACCUGGAUGAUUUUAAUGAGAGUGAUGAAGAGGAGGAUAAGAGAUCCAGUACUGGGCUUAAUCUCAGUACUGCAACUCCAGCAUCCCACCUUCCUCUUCGACCAACACGUUCCCAAGAAAAAAGACCUGCAUCUCUAAAGACCCCUUCAGUAAUAGUCAGUGGUAAGGAGAGGCCUGCUGGUGGUGUCCUCUCACGCCCAGCAUCUGGCACUAUCCAUAACCCUGACCUGCCUGCACGUCCACCUUUACCCACCCCACCCAGUCCAACCCCUCGCACCAUGCCCUCACCCGCCCGCUCCAGACCGCCACGUCCACCACCCAUUGCCCAGCUACAGGCUCCACCUGACUCCCUCACAGAGCAAAAUUCUACUGGUUUGCUCCCCCCAGCAUUGCCUAAAAUCUUCCAGCCGUCCCCUGGCUCAGCUCCUAUGUCUUUUCCAAGAAGGCUAUCAGGCUCUGAGGCCCCUCUAGAGGGUCCUGUGACCUCUGACUAUCCUCUGCUCAAACUCCCUCGGGCUUCUCUUUCUUCUCCUUCCGAUCCCUUCCUCUCUCACUCUCCCUCUCCUCCCACUGUACUCCCAAAAGAUUCUUUUGGAGCACCUCGCACCAAUGUUUUUAAGCCCAAGAUUGUCCCCAGUGCUCGCCCUGUAUCCCCCACUCCUGUCCCCCUCCUCGAACCCAAAACUUCUUCUCUCUCUCUCUCUGACACGCUUAAGCGACCAUCUGCUGGCAGUGUGCCAGCAUUUGCAGAGCUAAAUGAGCAGACAAUGGCGGUUUCUACGUCUCCCUUCUUCAGUGUCCCUCUUAAUGAACCUGUGACACCUGUUCCUUUGCUGAGCAAACCAGAUCUUGAAGCGCUUUGUGAAACAUCUUGCCCUUCUGGUCAACUCUCCAAGCCACCUCCCUCUGCAUCCCUUUCUUUCUCCAUCAGCAAACCCCUACCUGUCUCUUUUACCCCAGCAACUAUCUCCUCCUCUACCUCUGCUCUUGCCCUGUCAACUACUGAUACCCUCACAAAUGCCCCCUGCUGUUCACCUCAAUCUUCCUCUGCACAGUCAGAAAUACCCAGGGAGCUCAACACACUUACAGAGGAGGAUCAAACAAAUCCAUUUUUACAAGAUUUACUUGAUGAAGAACUGAAGACCUCCGAGCCCAAACAAGAGCAGCAUCGCUCCUCUCGGACUGUCUGCAGCAUUAGCAUUGCAAAUCAACAAUCUCCUUCCUCCCUCCGUCAAACAGAAACCAGCAGCACUGAAAGAAAAGAGCUCAAACCUGCCGAAGCUGUAAAAAGACCAGAGGAAUCCUCAAUACAGCCAAUACCACACCCAAGAUAUUCCACAGCCAAACAAACACUAGAAGCACCUCAGACUGCCUUUUCACUUGAAUGUGUGUCUAUAUUAAAAGACGCUACACUAACGGAAACUAUUUCCCAACCUGUUGGCAAAGUUAUCCCUCCCUGUCAAGAUGAGAGUAUGCAGUCACCACACCCAGUGCCUUUACAGGAAGUCGGCUCUGAUGCCAUAAAUCAAGACAGUUGUGGUGCAGCGGCUAACAGACAUGUGGUUCCACAAUGUGAUGAAAAAGGAACCACUCCUUCACAUGUAACGACAGAGACAACAACUGUAAAGACUGUUGAGAUAUGCAGUGAUGUUGUGAAAGAGACUACUGAGAAUAACUUAUCACCACUAGAGGGCGACAUUACCAAAACCAUGUCUAUUGAUAACACUCCAAAAGUUGUGGUGGAAAAAGAGAGCUGCCCAGUCAUCACCAAGGCAUCGGAAAGCAUUAUUGUAGCAGCCACAGUGAGACCAACAGAUAUAAACGUUGAUGAAAAUGUUGUUUCCGGGCAGGACAUUUCUCCAAGGAGCUCUGUGGUCCCUUGGCCAUUUCCCUCUCCUAAACUCGAAAGAAACCACGAGGUAAUAAAAGGUACAGAAAGUUUCAGUCUGAAGGAUGGCAGUCUCUCAGAGGAGAGUGUUCUGUUAGAAAAGAUUUGUCAAAUGGCAGAAGAGGAGACCACACAGCCUCCAGCUCCUGCUCCACGCAGGAUACGCUUGAUUCCCUGCAAGUCUGAUUUCGAACUUCCUCCAACUCCACCCCUGCAACUCAAGUCUAGCAUGACACCGCCCAUGGAUGAGAUAAAGCCAAAUUUAGAUCACACUGAGAUCACGAAUACUAUUGGACCUCAACCGUCGGUGAUUUCUCCAGAGGAGACAGAUGAGAAGAUUGACAUCAGUCAGUCUCAGAUGUCCUCUGUGCUACUGGAGAAUUUUAAGUCAGAUGACAGAGAAGCCAAUGCUAGAAAUGCUGUUAUAGAUGAUAAUGUCCUGUUACACAAGCAAGAACAAAAUGUCCAGCUAGAAUGUAUGGCAGCUGAAAGGGAGUGCCAAGAUACACCAGCUGUUAAGCCCACAAACCAGAGAGAAAACACAGAAACAGAAGUUGAAACUAAGAACAAGGAACAAGCAGAUUUAAGUAUUGAUAGAAGCGAAGAGGCUCAAAUAGAGCAGGAUAGACCACCAUCUGCAGUGCCUGAUGAGUUGGCUGGUCAUCCUCAAGGAAAGGAUUCCUCUGAUGUAACCCCUGAGGCUAAUGGGAGCGAGACACCAUCUAGGAGCCCAGGCAGCAUGCAGGUUAAUGGACAGACCACUGUAGAGGCAUCCCAUGUGAUUGUGCCCCCAGUGCGCAGUAAAAAGAAAAUCAUUCCACCGCCCAUGGACCUCACGAUAGUAAAUACAAUGGAUGAAUCAAAUAAAGAGGGUUCAGCAUUGCCUGCAUGGGAUUUUGCCAGUCCACUGCCCAGUCCUGGUCUGGUGACCUCCAGUCAGUCCUUGUUGGUGUGGUGUCAAGAGAUCACUAAGAACUAUAAGGGAGUAAAAAUCACAAACUUCAGCACCUCUUGGCGUAAUGGCCUGGCAUUCUGUGCUAUCUUACAUCACUUCCACCCUGAGAUAAUUGACUUUGAUGCAUUAGAGCCUCACAACAUAAAGCAAAACAACAAAAACGCUUUUGAUGGUUUUGCAUCACUAGGAAUCUCUCGUCUGCUGGAGCCCUCAGACAUGGUGCUACUCUCUGUGCCAGAUCGUUUGAUUGUCAUGACGUACUUGUGCCAAAUCCGUGCACACUUCACUGGGCAGGAGCUGAGCGUGUUACAGAUAGAGCAGAACAACAGUCAGUCCAGCUAUGCAUUGGCUGGGCCAAACCAGCAGCCGGAUGUACAAGCAGCAGCCAAAUUCUGUGCUGAGAGGCUCCAUGCUGGAUCUGUGUCAGGAGACAAUAACAGCAGGGACUCACUGGGAGAAGAGGGAAGUGACAGUGUGGCUAAGCCCAACGGAGGUCUUGUUCCUCCACCUCGGACUAAACGUGCUGGAAAGGUGGAUGAGAAGGGCAGUAAGGAGACACAGGAAGGUGCACAGACACCUGUGGCCCCACCACGACCAAACGCAGCGGCUUCCAGAUCAGGGUUUGGGCACAUACGAGAUGCAGAUCUAAUGAAGAAACGGCGGUCGCGACUGAAGAGUGAAUCCAUGGACGAGCCUGAUUCAAAGGAGCAGCCAAAUGAGUCUGAUAAAAGUGAACCAACAGUUGAAGGAACAAAUGGUUCAACAGCUGCCAGAGAAAGUGCUGAAACAGAACCUCAUGAAGCAAACCAAGAUGUUAAAUCAGCAGAUAAUGAGACAAUGUGUCUGCAGGACACCAAUCAGUAUGUGUUGAGUGAACUCCAGGCCCUGGAAACCGAACAGAAGCACAUAGACAGCAGAGCUGCCAUCGUGGAGAAAAGGCUCAGAAAGCUCAUGGAGACGGGAAGUGAUAAAGAUGAAGAAGAGAAGCUGAUUCAGGAGUGGUUCACUCUGGUCAACAAGAAGAACGCUUUGAUCAGGAGACAAGACCAUCUGGAGCUGCUGCAAGAAGAGCAGGAUUUAGAAAGAAGGUUUGAGCUGCUAAACCGAGAGCUCAGAGCCAUGAUGGCUAUUGAAGACUGGCAGAAGACUCAGGCCCAGCAGCACAGAGAACAGCUACUGCUGCAGGAGCUGGUGUCACUGGUCAACAAGCGGGACGAGCUGGUCAGAGACAUGGAUGCAAAAGAGAGAGGAGCUUUGGAGGAGGAUGAAAGACUGCAGAAAGGUCUGGAGGCAAGACGUAGAAAAUACAGCAAUAAGGAAAAAUGUGUUCUUCAAUAGAGACAUAAAACUUGAAUUCAUAUGAAAACUGGCUCACUGCACCAGAGACAAUCUAGAUGACGGACUACACCAGGACAUUAGUGUGCCUUGUUUUAACUUUCAAAGACAUUUGGCUUAAACUUGAAGCCCUCAACAUCUUCAAGAUCUCAGUGACAUCAGACGGAUAUAAAACAUGUCCAGUGUGGAUCAUACUAGUUAUUCCCUGAAAGUUUGCACAACGAUUUGAAGGUUCUUCCAGGAUGCACUGGUAAAGAGUUUGGUAUUAUAAGCAAUAUUACUUUAAAUUUGAAAAGGUCUUUGUUUUAUUGGACAAUAAACAAACAACCUUCACAUACCUGAAUGGUUACAGACAAAUAAACUGAACACAAGAAAUAAAAGGGAGAAAGGAGAAAAAAGCCUUCAUACUGCUGUAGAUUGCAAAAUAAAAGUAUUGAUUGAGACUUCGUGGGGAAGCGAACUUUUUUCUGAAGCAAACAAAUCAUUGCUCAAUAGACUUCCAAGCUACAGCAGUGAGCAGGAUUUUUCUCCUUUGUUAUGUUUAAUUGGAAAUGUAAUGUUUCUUGUCAAUUUUUUAUUAUUAUUUUGCUCCAGAUAGCACAAAUAUUAAGAUAAUUUGAUCUUGUCUUUAAGAUGUAUUGAACAUGCAAAGAGACUUGCACCAAAGUUUGCUGUUUUUACAUUAUUUAUUUAAGUGUGUUGUUUCCUGGUAUGCCAAAAUGUCUCUGUUGGGCUGUUGUCUUGUAUUAGCUGCAAAUCAUAUUCUCUGAUAGUUUAUCAGACAAUGUGUCUCCAAAUGAAUGUAUUCAUUAAGUUUUAUUGCAUUGCAGUGCCUUUAGGGAUUUAAUAUCUUUUGAAAAGGGGCUUUUUAUAUAUACCGAAGCCUGUAUUUUUCAGUUUUAAACCUUGAACGGUAACACAAAAUGAAAAAUAUUUAUGGAUUGUUUUAUAGCCUAUACACAAAGUAUUUUGUCUGACUACUCUUUUUGAUAUUUAAAUGUGUUAUUCAUUCCUAUUUUAAAAUUUAGACUGUUUUAUUCAAUAAAGUUUGAUGCUGUUUGAA